UAGAACUAAGUGGCUCAAAUUAAAAACCAUACAAAUGCACAGAGAGAAAUGGGAGAGGCCAUUAAAAAUGGCAAAGUCUAGUUCUAGUUUUAGUUAUUCUGGUUUGGUUUAUCAUGGUGUUCUACUUCCCCUUCUUUUAUUAUUACAUAUUUUCUUUCCAAUUGCUACAUGCGGAUCCUUAGUACAGUUCCUUCCUGGAUUCGAGGGACCCCUUCCUUUUGUGCUUGAAACCGGGUAUGUGGGAGUGGGUGAAUCAGAGGAUGUGCAAGCAUUCUACUACUUCAUUGAGUCAGAGAACAAUCCAAAGGAGGAUCCUCUCAUGCUUUGGCUAACGGGUGGUCCUGGUUGCUCUGCCUUGUCUGGCCUUGUCUUUGAAAUAGGUCCACUUGCAUUUAUAAAAGAGGAUUACAAUGGGAGCCUGCCUAAUUUGGUCUUGAGGUCACAUUCAUGGACAAAGGUAAGUAGCAUCAUAUUUGUAGAUUUGCCUGUUUCCACGGGUUUCUCUUAUGCCACAACCGAGUCUGCCGCUCAACGAAGUGACUGGAGACUAGUUCACCAAGUCCAUCAAUUUCUUAGGAAGUGGCUGAUUGACCAUCCAAAAUUUCUGUCAAAUGAGGUUUACAUUGGUGGCGAUUCAUACUCUGGCAUUCCUAUUCCAGUCAUUGUUCAAGAGAUUUCACAAGGAAAUGAAAAUGGGGUCAAACCAUGGAUAAAUCUCCAGGGAUACCUGCUGGGAAAUGCCGCAACAACUGGAAGGGAAAAAAACUAUGAAAUCCCCUUUUCUCAUGGAAUGGGACUUAUUUGUGAUGAACUAUACGAGUCACUGCAAAAAAAUUGUAAAGGAGAGUAUGUAAGUGUAGACACCAAAAAUUUACUCUGUUCAAGAGAUAUCCAGUCCUACAAUGAGGCUACAUCAGGAAUUAAUACGGCUCAUAUUUUGGACCCGUUAUGUGAGUGGCUUGAUACUAAAGUUUCUUGGAGGAGAUCUCUAACUCAGAAAUAUCCCUGGAAGUACCUCAAUAGCCAUCUCAAAUUGCCACCCUUAAACUGUCGGAGUUAUGCAUACUUCCUUUGCGGUUAUUGGGCCAAUGAUGAUAAUGUUCGCAAUGCACUGCACAUACGCAAGGGAAGUACAGGGAAAUGGCAUCGUUGUACCUACGAUAUACCUAACAAGAAAGAAAUUUUUAGCAGCUAUGAGUAUCAUGUAAAUCUUAGUAGAAAAGGCUAUCGUUCACUGAUAUACAGUGGCGAUCAUGACAUGACGAUUCCUUUCUUGGCGACUCAAGCAUGGGUAAGAUCUUUGAACUACUCCAUUGUGGAUGAUUGGAGGCAAUGGUAUACAAAUGGCCAAGUUGCAGGAUACACAAGGACUUACUCCAAUCGGAUGACAUUUGCAACAGUGAAGGGUGGAGGGCACACAGCUCCAGAGUACAAGCCCGAAGAAUGCUUUGCCAUGUACAGUAGGUGGAUAUCUAAUAGUGCUCUCUAGGAAUAUGAUUAAAUAAGGUCAUCUCCUAAGUUGGCAAGGGCUAUAAACUUGCAUUCAUUCCAUGUCAUUGGGUAGAUUUUAUUCGCUUAACAAAUGUAUGUAUCUUUCUCAAAAUAAAUAAUGAAAUCCGUAUUUCAAAUAAGAUGAUUUAGAGUGGUACUUGCUAAAUCCGUAAUUUCUUCAAUUCCUUUCGGGUGACAUGCAAAAUAAUAUUAUUCCUCUUGGGAUUUGUGAUGAAAUUGAAAAAAUCCAAAGAAGGUUUAUCUGGGGUGACACUCGAGAGAGAGAAGGACUGCCCACCUUGUCUCUUGGGAGCAACUGUGUAAACUUAAAAGAGUUUUGGUGGUCUAGGAAUCAUCAAUUUGAAGAAGCAGAAUGAGGCUUUUCUUCUAAAAAUGGCUUGGUCUAUUAUUCAAGAUCCUAAUCAGCUUUGGUCUCAGGUUCUUGUUGCAAAAUAUGGCAGGAUGGUGGAUUUGUAUAAACAAUGCUUCAGUAAAGCCUAUGAUUCUAAAUUAUGGAAGAGUCUUGCCAAAACUUGGCCUUUGUUGCUGGAAAAUCUACGGUGGAAUAUUGGAGAUGGCAAAAACACCAAUUUUUGGUUGGAUAAUUGGCUAGGGAGUAUUCCAAAAUUACUAAAUGUUGCUGUUAAUUAUCCUUACCACCUCCUUAUUGCAGAUGUUGUGGCCGAUUGCAUUGAUAAAGAGUCUGGCACUUGGAAUUUUAAUUUUCUGCAUCAUUAUUUCGACCAGGAAGUGGUGAAUAUGAUAGUAACUAUCCCCCCCUCCAUCUGCUGAAGUUGGAAGUGAUAUGUUAUAGUGGAAAGGUUCGAACCCUAUGAUCUCAGUGGUUAAACAAGUUUAUUCAAGCCUAAUGCAUUUUGACUCUCCUCGAAUUUUCCAUGGGAAAGCAUCUGGAAGUGGAAAGUGCCUGAGAAAUUUAAAUUCCUGCUUUGGAAGCUUGCCCAAGGCAAAGUUCUCACCAAACAAUUAAUAGCUAGGUGGGGUAACACAUCUGACAGGUGCUUCCAUUGUCAUGAUAAAAUUAAAACCAUUCUCCAUGCUUUUACAGAUUGCCCCCUUGUCUCUAAGAUAUGGAAUUGUUCUUUGUUCGUUUCAAAGCCUUCAUUUUUCUACAGUGAACAGAAUCUGAGCAUUUGGUUGAAGAAAUGCUUACUGUUUAUUGAUGUCAGAUGCCCAAAUUGGAGGGAUCUGUUCUUCACCUCUUGCUGGUACAUAUGACUAUGGCGUAACAAAGAUAUCCAUGACAGUGAGUUCAGGAGACCUGAUGUUGUUAACAUAGACAUUCAGGCUCGUUUGUUGCACAUGAUAGGAUAAGGGGUUUGGAUAAUGAUAAGAUAUGAGUUUAUCCUAUGUUUGGUGUAAAUCUUAUUGCAUCAGGAUAUGUUUAAAAUAGACAAAAAUA